UUAGAAAUGACAGAAAGAUUAAGAAAAAUAAUUCUCACAAUUUAAUAACUUCACCCACCCUAGAAACUAACUCAAGCUAAACUGAAUUGGAAAAGUGUUAAAAUAAAAACUGAUUUUUAAAAAAAAUAAAAACUGGCGGGAUAGUUUUGAAUCGCGUUUAAAACUUUGGCACCCUUGGCCUUCCUUACUCGGUCAGUAGGGACCGGGCUAAGCUAGCUGCUGGUUGCCGGAUAGCUUGCACCAGAAGCGCACAGAAAGCAAGACAAUGGCGGGUGUACAUCCCCAGGACGACCUGCUGAAAAUGACACACAGAGAAAACUGGAAGGUGCAACACGAACGCCUGCACAUGAAGCACAGAGGACACGAGGCCAUGCACGCAGAGAUGGUGCUGAUCCUCAUCGCCACGCUGGUGGUGGCUCAGAUAGUCCUGGUGCAGUGGAAGCAGAGGCACCACCGCUCCUACAAUCUGGUGACUCUGGUCCAGAUGUGGGUGGUUCCUCUUUACUUCACCAUCAAACUGUACUGGUGGCGGUUUCUGUCCAUGUGGGGGAUGUUCUCCGUCAUCACUAGCUAUGUCAUCUUCAGAGCCACCCGCAAGCCGCUGUCCUGCAGGACGCCGAGGAUGGUCUACAAGUGGUUUCUGCUCAUCUACAAGCUGAGUUAUGCAGUCGGGGUUCUGGGCUACAUGGCCAUCAUGUUCACCAUGUUCGGCUUCAACGUCUUCUUCAGGAUCAAGGCAGAGGACUCGAUGGAUGUCGGCGUGAUUAUGCUGUUUUAUGGACUUUACUACGGCGUCAUGGGCAGAGACUUUGCUGAAAUCUGCUCGGACUACAUGGCUUCUACAAUUGGGUACUACAACAAGGGUGGCAUGCCCAGCAGGAGCCUAACCAAUGAUAUCUGUGCGGUCUGUGGUCAGAGGAUCCUGGUGAACGUGGAGGAGGAAGGAUUUAUAGAAGACACCUACCAGCUCUCCUGUGGACACUUAUUCCACGAGUUCUGCAUCCGUGGCUGGUGCAUUGUGGGUAAAAAGCAAACGUGUCCAUACUGCAAUGAGAAGGUUGACUUGAAGAGGAUGAUGAACAACCCCUGGGAGAAGACGCAUGUCCUUUAUGGGCAGCUUCUCGACUGGCUUAGAUACUUGGUUGCUUGGCAACCCAUCAUCAUUGGAAUAGUUCACGGCAUUAAUUUCUCCCUGGGCCUCGAGUAAAGCCCCGAGGAACACCGCCGUAAGUACGGCUGGAGUCGAGUUACGCUCAGGACACAUGUGGUAGCAAACUGUCACACAAGGAACCGAUUGCAGCUGCUUUCAAAGUCUUUUGUUUCGUGUUCUUUGACUGAACUCUUGCACGAUUUACUGCAGAGUAAACGGAAAACGUCAGAGUCUCAACACAACCCCAAAACUGCUGCCAACCCAAACAAAAUGAUUGGAGUGCAGAGCCAGUAUUUUGGAAGAUGAAUCUAGUUUGGUCCUUCUGGAAGUGUUGCUGUUAUUCAUGCUAUUUCUGUUGAGCUGAAAGGUGCUUUACUUUUUUCCAUCUUACAGAUUUAGUGAUUAAUUUGCACACUCCUUCACUGUUUGUUGUUUUUUUUUUUUUUAAAUAUAAUAUUUCUCCUUCCCAUUAGACUUCAUGUCUAUUUGGAUUGUUGCAGCUCUUUGCACAUUGUUUAUAAAAAGGACAGCUCUGGGUUACACUUACACUUAUAAUUGUAACUUGACAGUAUUUGAGUGUGUCGAUGCAAAGUACUGAAGCAUGCUGUGUACUGUAUGUAAUCUUGAUUCUGUUUGCUGUUCUUCUGUUUCUGCUACAGUUCAGCAUACGUCUCCCACAGCAUUGAUAAAACUCAGAAGUCUGGUGUAACUAUCGGUAGCAAUUUGUUGUACAGUUUUCACAGAGUUCAUAAGGUGUUGUACUUUCUCCUGCCAUGAGAAUGAAAUUGAAACCCAAGUCUACUCUGACAUGCUAGCUCUCGGGCAUAUUAAAUCAUGUGAAUGCCAUUGCAAGUUUAAACGGGUCACAACCGGGAUUCGACUUAUAAUAACUGAAUCAUGAUGAGUACAUGUUUGUCAUAGUCGCGGUUCAGGUUUGAUGAAAAAUUGAGUUUUUGCCUUGAAUCUGCAGCUACAGCCUUAAUUUCUGACAUGCUUUUCCUGUUGUUUCAUGCCUCUCACAUGUACGCUUAAAUAUUGGGAUUUCUCUCAUUCUUUCACAGAAAUCCCAAAUUGUUGGUGUUGGUGGUUCUAGUCAAAGAAUAUUUCUGGUAUAAUACAUGAAUUGGCACACUCCCGGCUGUAAGAAGCUGAUGGAGUAUUGUCACCCUGCUGAGUGGGCAGGUGGUUUGGACACCCAAGUUUGUGGAUAAGAGGCAACAUAGGAUUUUGAAAUGGAUACCAUAGGUGCAUCUACUGAAAAUCUCAAGAAAAGUUUGAAUCAAACUAAGAAAAGUGUUACCUAGUCCAGUCUAAAUAGUUGUGUACAACUGUUUACAUUUAAUGUACUCCUUUUUUUUCUAUUAUGUUUUAAUUUAUAUGAAGCUGAAGUUGGUGGUUAAUGGUCACCCUAAGGUAGCAGUAGAUGUCAAUAUGUCAGAUUUGUGUUUAUUAAUGAGUUUUCAUAGACUUACUAGAGUAGGACCAUUUAAAGGCCCACUUCCAAUCCAAUGCCUAUUCAAAUUCAUUCUGUUACUUUGGAGGGCCAUUCAGAACUUCAUGUUUAGAUGGAAAGAGACUCUGCUUUAAUUCACUGCAGAUAUCUAUAAAUACAUGGUUUUUGCCAGAGAUUGUAUAGCCUUAGGUGUUUUUGACAUGUGCACAAGCAGCAAUCUCCAAGGCUUAAAUUAAAUCCCACGACUAGGGCUACAUCCACACGUACAUGGCUAUUUUUGAAAAUGCAGAUUUUUCUAUGCAUUUGUGCUUUUCGCCCUAAACAGCAUUUUCACUCACUGAAAACUGAGAUUUUUAAAAACGUCACAGUGCGCCACAUUAUUGUUUACAUGAGAUAAAUUUCUACAAUAAAAAAUACUGUUGCUGUUAAUUUUACUAUCUGCAGUUUUUACACGCUUACAUAUACACACGCAGUUACUGUCCCUCCAUUUAGAAAGACAGAGGCAUCAGAGCGAACUUUGGACGUGGCUUUAGGUUUUGUGAGGGUACAAAACCCUGUUUACUCUUUCCCUCCCGGGCUUCUAGACUGGCCAACAUUGCUACACUGUUAGGAUUUGGCAUGUUCUUGACAGCGUUUGACUUCAUUUUUAGUGUUCACAUGUGGACAGAGAGAUUUUUUUUUCAAAACUGCACGUGUGGAAGGGAUUAAAAAAAAUAAAUUCAAAACAAAAACAGAAAAUCUGUUUUCAAAAAUACCCGUGUACAUGUGGAUGUAGCCUAAGUGCCAGAAAUUGUGACUCCUUUAAUGGCUGCUUAAAGCUGGCUUUAAAGGUAAGUCUAUCCAUCCACAGAAGCUAAUGUGAUAAUUCCAGUCUGUGGGAA